ACCUACCCUGGAAAUCCAGAGUUCUCGCGAGAGCACAAUGGAAUUGAGACACUCUGGCAAAGAGCAAUGAUGCACGUUACUUUUACCCCAACAUUCCGGGAAACCAGCUAAACUGAUUUAGACAGCGCUGCAAUGUUGGAGGAAAGUACACAUUGGUCGUAGUGUUACCCGAUUGCGUCAAAGUCCGAAAUCAUUCAGGGUCCAAACAGAAAUUCGCAAGAUGUGGACCCGUUGGAACCUGGCCUUCGACUGGAAGGACCCCGUGGUGUGUGCAAACUACCGCUACGGCUCAGUGCUGACCAGCCUGAACCACAGCACAGGCAGCCAGUCGCAGCUGCCGUCGGUGUCGCGCAGCACAGCGCUCUUCUCCAGCCGCGUGUACCUGAGCACGAGUGGCACCUGUGUGCUGGGCACCCACGCCACGCUGCCCGGGUACGUCUUCAGCAGCUCGGACAUCGAGAGCCUGCCGCCAUCCAUCCCCGAGGAGCCCGAGGACAGCACCAAGCAGGUGGACGACAUCUCGCUGAAGGAGUCCUCGCCUGCCUCCUCCGCGGCCGCUGUCGUAGCCACCAGCGUUACCGGGGCCACCACAGCCGCGGUCUACCCGACCCGGGCCAAGGACGUCGAGGAGUCUCUGUAGCCACAGGAGUGUAGCGAGAGAAGGAGUGGCCAUCAUGAGGACAUUUUCCAUGCGUAUAAUAUGAAAAAGCCAAACUGCCCAGCGUAUGGUCCGGCUCCCUGUCUAGCACCUCUGGUGUGCCUGGAAACAUUCAACUUCAGACUGAAAUUGAAACAACUAUAUCAGGAGACGUUUCUCGGUCUCUCACUCUCUCACACACAAACCCAAGCAAACAAGUGCACACACACACACACACACACACACACACACACACACACACACACACACACACUUUUACCUAAGCCUGGCAUCGUCAGGACGUCGAAAUGCAGCACAAAAAGUGCAUUACUGAUUGUAGAUACUGUAUAAAGAAAAGCGUGAUUGUGUGGAUUCUGAUGCUUUGCCUUGUCAUGUAGAUAUCCAUAUCCAUGACUUUGUGGAAGUUUCAAUGAGGGCUACUGCGUUUUCUCCUCUCUGUGACCGGUUGCAUCGUGAUCCAAGCAUGUGUCAUAUUUUUGACGCCACACUGCACUGUAACAUGUCGACGGCCGUGUGUCUGUGUGUGUGCUAUCCAAAGUCAUGGCCAUCGUCAUCACCUUCUGUCUGUGUAAAUGGGUUAUUGUGUGUUUAUUUAAUAUUUUAUAUGUGUAUAUGUUUAUUUUAUAUGUUUGUUUAUUUAAUAUUGUGCACAGAUGUCACUCGACACAGGGAUUAGUCUUUAAAUUAUGUUUUCAAAUGUUUUUGCUCAAGAAAC